AGUCAUUCUCUGCCAAUUCUCUCUCUCGUUAUCUUUCCUUCUCUGUACAGAAACGUUGUUAUAAAUUCACUUUCGAGAAACCCAUUACCUUCAGGAAAAGAAACCCUAGAUUUUCUCACCAAACUCUCAUUUUCCGACAAGACCUCUCCGAACAGGAGAGAUUCUUCAAAUCCCUGUCCGAGGUUAUCCAAAUUUUGGCUCAAACUCAGAUUCCAUCUCAAUUGCUUUUAAUUUCGAUUGAAACCCUAGAUCCCGAUCCCAAUUUUGUUCUCGGAAUUCGAGCUCAGGUUGGUCAAAUUCUCGCUGACCGGGCAUGGGGAAGGUUCUCCGCGAAGCCUCCAAGCCCUCGUCGUCGUCUUCGUCGUUGUCUCGUGCCUCUCCGCCGACCACCACUUCGAUGUCGAUCACCGAGACCGUAAACGGGACUCACCAUUUCAAGAUCAAUGGUUAUUCCCUGUCCAAGGGGCUUGGGAUUGGGAAGUACAUCGCUUCCGACACGUUCGAUGUCGGCGGGUACUCGUGGGCGAUUUACUUUUACCCCGACGGGAAGAGCGCCGAGGACAAUGCCACGUACGUUUCUCUGUUCAUCGCGCUCGCCAGCGAGGGUACGGACGUGAGGGCUUUGUUCGAAUUGACGCUAUUGGACCAGAGCGGGAGGGAGAGGCACAAGGUUCACAGCCAUUUCGGAAGGAUGUUGGAGAGUGGGCCCUACACGCUCAAGUACCGCGGUAGCAUGUGGGGUUAUAAGAGAUUCUUCAAAAGAACUGCCUUGGAGACGUCAGACUAUCUUAAAGAUGAUUGUCUGUCGGUUAACUGUAUUGUUGGUGUUGUGAAGUCGCGAACGGAGGGGCCUAAGACCUAUUCCAUAGCAAUACCACCAUCUAACAUUGGCCAGCAUUUUGGGCAGCUACUGGAAAGUGGAAAGGGAACUGAUGUAACGUUUGAAGUCUAUGGUGAACAUUUUUCAGCUCACAAGUUAGUACUAGGAGCACGAUCACCUGUAUUCCGGGCCCAACUUUUUGGUCCUAUGAAGGAUCAGAAUACCGAAUGCAUAAAAAUUGAAGAUAUGGAGGCUCCAGUCUUUAAGGCUUUGCUUCAUUUUAUAUACUGGGAUUCACUGCCCGACGUAGAAGAGCUUACUGGUUUGAACUCAAAAUGGGCUUCUACUUUGAUGGCCCAGCAUCUGCUUGCAGCAGCAGAUCGCUAUGGCUUAGAAAGGCUCAGGUUGCUAUGUGAAUCAAGUCUCUGCGAACAUGUCGCUAUCAAUACUGUGGCAACAACAUUAGCGCUGGCAGAACAGCAUCACUGCUUCCAGUUGAAAGCCGUGUGCCUCAAGUUUGUUGCAAUGCCUGAAAAUCUUGGAGCUGUGAUGGAAACCGACGGUUUCGAAUACUUGAAGCAAAGUUGUCCCUCUGUAAUGACUGACCUUCUGCAAUAUAUAGCCAACGUUGCCGUUUCCAAGCAUGGAAAUGAAGCUGUUCUUGACGGCAGCGAUAUCAAUGGGAGGCGGGUGAAACAAAGGCUAUAGAAAUAGCUGCUUCUAUUACACGUUCUGUGCAGGAAAAAAAAAAAAAAAAAGUCUAUGAAGAAGCAAAGAGGGAGAGUCAGAAAAAUUAUUUCUAGGAUUAGAAAUAAUGUACCAGUUAUUGUAAGAAAUGUUGGUUUGUAAUGUAAUGGCUUUUGUUUCUAUUUAUUUCUUCUUUUGUUACUCUAGUGCUUGUAGAAGAAAACAAAAGACUACCCGCUCGAGAGAGAGAAGAGGGUAAAAGGUUUGAUUGCAAUUUGCAAGAACUAGGAUACAUUUCUCAA